AUUUACGUCACACCAAAUCAUUUUGUUAAUUCUCAAUGCAAAAUAAAUCUUGAGAUAUGAAUGGCAGUCAUAUCAGCGUAUUUAUGAUGAGCGUAGCACUAACUUACAGCGCCCCUCAAAGAAAAUGCAUCUCUCGAAGACCGGGCUCAUACACCGAUGACUCCGGUAGAAUAGUUCUAAAAAAUAAUAAAAAUACAAAUAACAUUGGAAAUAACCGGAAUAUCAAUAAUCAAGGGUACUCGUAUAACAAAAAUCGUGGCAAUAACAAUGGGCAUAACAAUUACCUGACUCUUAAUAGGAUAUCACAGUUACAAAGUUCAACCAUUCGUCCAAGAAAAAGGUGUUGCCCUUAUGAUUUUGACAGCGAAAAGUGUAUUUUCGUAAAUGACAGGAAGGUGUGUGGGUACGAUUUGAACAGCGGAGGUCCAGAGGCGAACCCUGCCGAACUGACCCUGGAUGUGGGCAACGGUUGUUUGUUUCGCCGCGGGCGACUCGAGUGUGGGUACAUGGAGGCACCCUUUGAAGGUAUCCGCCGACCGCCCGUAUACGAUAGAACGGAAGCUCCUGACAAUGGAAGUGACAAUGAGACAGACAAUCCUGACCAAACAAACGACGAUCAAGAUGAUGAUGUUAAGGAGAAACUUAUAUAUUCGCGUCCUGCGAAAACUAAAACAACUCUGCCAAGCUGCCUUAAGAAACCAAACCAUAUUAGCAAGGAAGCAGUUUAUCUAUGUCCCCCAAAAUUUUUCGUAAAAGCCCUGCGCAUCCCAGAUGCGUGGUGA